GUGUUUUUCUGGGGCGCGUUGUCCAUUCCGCGUCCAUCGAAAUCAUUUUGGCUCUUGACAGCCUCUUACAUACAGUUCAUUAUUGUUUUUCGAUUGCUCUUUCGAAACGAAUUGAUUCCGGGAAUGCACGAUGCGAGUAAUAGCUGGGAUAACAAUCCGUUCAGCAUUCGACGGCAACCGACGAAGAAGGCCAUAUCGAACAGAAAUGAAACAUCAGUUGUUCAGAGGUUACUGGCAAUGGAUCCGAGUGUUGACGGCUCAUACUGGGAUGUAGCGUUGCUUUCAAUGGUAUUCUUACACCGGUACAAGCUGCUUAGGCUUGGCAUGUGGGGAGACGAGUUUCAGGCUCGUGAGCGGCGCCUCAGUUUGUAUGAUGAUGUACUGGAGAACCAUAACAACGGAGAGGCACAUUACGGGGUCUUUUCUUCUUCAUCAUAG